CCGCGCUGAGGAGCAAGAAUAAUAAUAACAACAACAACAAUAGUAAUAAUAAAACUAAGAAGAGGAAGACCAAGAAGAAUACCUGCAGGGAUUUAGUGCGAGGAUCCCCGGAUCUGUAUGUGCGAGUGCGCGUGUGUGUGUUGUGCCGUGUUUCGAUCGUUGUACAGUAUAUUAUAAUAUACACGACAAUAAAAGAACAACGGUAAAAUAAUAAAAUCGUGACAGUGCGAUUAGACGGAUGUGUGGGUAAUUAGUAAGGGAUAGAUCCACGGUACGCGUGUAUAAUGGCUUACAAGUACCGCGAGGAGAUCGUCGGUAAAAGAUUUCUAUCCGUGAGUGGUUUUGCCAAGUUAAAGGUGAAUAAAAUCAGUGAGUGGGGUUGGCGUGCCGGUGUUAUACGUGCGGCCAGUCACAGGGAUAACGCCAACGACGAUCUUCAGGUUCUCGUAGAAUACGACGACGUCGAGUGGCAACGAAGAGAGUGGCUCUCUCCUUACCGGGAUGCUGUCUUCUCCUUUUUUCUCGUCGAGAAGGCCCUUUGCUGGGCAGACCGACCCGACCCUCGUCACCCCGGACUUGUCAUCAACCAUCCGAACAACAACCAUCAUCAUCCUCCUCACAGGGUGAACGGGAAACCACUGAGAAGCACCACCGCACCAGUCAGUGCCUGCAGCGUGGCUUGGCCUGCACUUACCUUUUAUCCGUUGGUGGCACGAGCUGACUUACCCGAUGACACGAUGCCGGUUGAAUUCAUGCAGGACCGUCGCCUGGACUUCGUUGAUUACUCAAAGCUCAAGCCAUUCACGCCCGACUGGGAACUCGGCAAAAGUUCACCACCUUGGGCCAGCGCGGUGAGAAGAUGGGCAGAGAUGCAGGACGGGCAGAGAAUCCUCCUGACGACACCGAGCGUCCUGGUUGGAUUCCGGGUCGAGGUUUACCGAGCCGAGGGUACGACGCAGUGGUACACAGCCGUCAUCGUCGGCUACAACGAGGCCACCAAGGAUCUCACAGUCACGGACGAUACCGUCCUCGAAGAUCACAACGAGGAUCCAAGUCUGGUGCAGAUGCGUUUGAUCGGUGACGGAGUCGUUGAAAGCAUCAUGAGAGGCGAAGUCGUCGGUAUGACGCCACGGAGAUCAAGAUCGUCGACGGCUCUGACGCACGCUCUUGCAAUGCCACGAGUUGGCCGUAGACCCCGGGGACGUCCAGGUGCUACUGCUCACCUUCAACCACCGACCGGGUCGGAAAGCCCGCCUGCGAUUCCACAGCAUCUCGAAAAAGAAAAACAGAGCAGCGUCCGGGCUAACCGAAGAAGGCAGGUCAACGAGGGUAGAGGAGCCAGUCGAGACAGAGAUCGGGUGGGUGUCGCGGGGGUCGGAGAACAGGAUCAGGAACAGCAGCAGGAGGACAGAGAGAACAAGGGGCCGGGUAACCGGGCGAGUCGGAUCGUCGUAGAGGAUAACGGUGGUAAGACAGCGUCGAAACUUCGGCGUAGAGUGACGGCUGUGAAGAGUUCGCCGUCGCCGGAUAGUUUUCCGGCUCAGAGAUCGGCGAGGAGAAGACUGAGGCCGCAGUCGGGCAGGAACGCGGCGAAGGAGACGUUGACCGAAAUUGCGGAGAAGCCCAGAGCGGCGGCGGAUACAGCCUCCGAAGGAGAGGCCGAGAAGGAGGAUUGCGAUCCGUUGAUAAAGAGGCUCAAGACAAGUCUCACGACUUCGCGGAGAGUCAGAGCCGAGGCGAGAAAAGGCCGCGAAGAGGAAGCCGAGGAGGCGCUAUCGCAAGAGGAGGUGAAACCCGCGGGAGAAGAAACCGCCGGCGUUAACGACCCGGGGGCCGAAGACGAGGAGUGCGAGUCGAGAGAACGCGACAGGGAACCGGAACCACCGCCUCCCGACAAGGUUCACCGAGGAGGCUGCCGGGAGCAGCGGAAAGAGAAGAAACCGAAUAACGGGGAUGAUCCCGCGAGCCUCUUAGUCGCGUGCAAGCCCGAGGAGCAGGAGGAGAGAUCGAGGGUGAAGCGGGAAGAGAGUGAAGAGGCAGAGGAAGAGGAGGACGAGGAGGAAGAGGAGGCAGACUCCGUCGAAGAGGACGCGUCGAGUCCGACCGAGGCGGUGCCCGGCGCCGAAGAGAGUACAGACAGUGUUGGAAGCCUGAACGCGGUGCGGGCGGCCAGCGUUGAAUCGGUCGUCGAGUUGGUGGAGUCGAGCAGUCAGGACGGCUCCGUGCUGGAGAGGCUGAGUCCUGUGAGCAGCGGUGCUGGGGGACGGCACGGGCUGCUGACCGCGGAGCAGGAGCGCGAACGGCACAACGAGAGUCCCGUCAUACUAUCGGUCAGACUGAACAAACCCCCGCCGACGGCGGCGUCGACACCGGGAUCCGGUGCACCGGGGCACCACCACCAACUCCUCCACCACCACCACCAUCAGCAGCAGCAGCAAUACGCGACGAGCAACCUGCGGCACUACUCGAGCGGCAGCAGUCCGGUGGUCCAGCACCAGCACCACGGGGUGGUGCCCCAUAACGUCCAGCCGGCGAGCGGUAAUCCCCGUCACCUGGUGGUCGGGGGAUCGGUGACCGAGUUGCACCAGCAGCAGCAGCACCACCAACACCAGGGGAGUAACCCGCGGGUCGUAGCGACCGUCGGCGAUGAGGCAGGCCUCAUGGAGGUGGAGGCAGGGGCCGUCGGCGUCGGGGGUGUUCUCGGUGGCGUCGCGACGGCAGGCAUCAGGGGCGCCGCUUACGGGGACAGCGGAUCCGACAGCGGCGUCAGCUCGCUGAGGAGCGCCGGUUCCGGCGACGAGAGAAGCGGCAGCAGGAGCUCGGCCCUCAGUGCCGAGGAGACACCGGCCGCCGCCGCCACCCCCGCACGCGUCUGGCACGUACAGAGCGUUCAGCACACCUCCCUACUCAUGGCUCAUCCCCAGCAGGGACCCCCGCCUAACCCUGGUUCCGCGACCACCACAGCCGUCGGAUACCAGAACCCCGCGAACCAGCCCACCCAUCAUCAUCCCGCCGUUUCUAACGAGAUGCUUUGGCGACCCCCCAGGUACCCUCCGCCGUCCCAUUCGCUCAUGGGACCCGCCCAGCAGAGCCCUGAGGAAAUGCUGGAGAGGGAUCGACACGAGAGAAUGCUCAGAGAACGACGGGAAGCUGAAGUUCGGGAGAUCGAGAAACGUGAGAGGGAACGAGAGAGGGAAAGCAGAAUGGAACGAGAGAGGUUAGAGAAACUGCAGAAACAGGCCGCCGAGCAGGCUGUUCAUAAACAUUUUGAGGAAUCCCUGAGGCUGGCGCAACAAAAGGCUUAUGGUUCGCAGAAAAAUAUUCAGCUGUCGAACGCUGCGUGGGAUUUGGUAACCCUUCCACCUCCUGGCAGCAGGUCGCACGGUGUUCAUCCCGCCCUACCGACCCAUGGGGGUCAUCAUCAUCCCGGAGCUCCAGGAGCUCCCCAUCAUCCCGUUACCGUUGCUCAACAGCAGCAGCAGCAGCAGCGGCAACAGCAACAACAGCAACACCAGCAUCAGCAUCAGCAUCAGCAUCAACAACAGCAGCAACACCAACACCAACACCCACACCAUCAGCAUCAGCAGCAGCAACACCAUCAACAGCAACAACAGCAGUUGAGGGAAAGGGACGAACGCGAAGCACGCGAUCAGAGGGAACGCGAACAUAUCGCUGCUGCUGAACGUCAUCAGAGACAGGCUGAGGCUAGGGACCAGGUUUCCGCUCAUCAGAGGGCUUAUGCCUACGUCACUGCCGUUUCUGCGUCGCCCUCGGUUCAACAGGUAUCGUCUCGGCCGUCCAGUGUACCUGUAAAAGUGGAAUAUCCACCGCCCCCCGCUCAUUCCAGGCAGGCGAAAUCGUCGCUGUCGGUGUCCAGUCACCACGAUAAACCACCGCCAGGUGUGGGACCGCCCCAUCCCGCUCUUCCCAAGGUUGAACCGAACGUCGGUUUAUUCAGUUACACGACGUAUCAACCGCAGCCGUCUUACAUGCACGAGAUAAAAGUAAAGGCGGCCGAUCAUCAGCAGCACAAGCAGCAGCAGAUGUCCGGCGGUGUUAAGAGUAUGCAGCAGGCGGCACUCGAGAGAGAUCCUCACGUUAGAGAAAUGCUACCAAAUCCCCCGCCCCUUCUGCCCGAUCCAAAGAGCUCAGUUAUCGUAAAAAACGAGGGUAGGGAACUGCCCAAGGCUCCCCCAUCCCAUUCCCCGAGUCCCAAGAUGAUGCCCGGUCAUUAUCACAGCGCCGUUGCACCGCAACACAAACCCCCGACACCGUACGAUUACCAGAGAACCUCGACGCAGAGUCCCCACCAUCUUCACCACCUCGACAGUCUUCAAGCAGCCAAGAGCAUUCCUCCCCAAGGUCAUCCCAGGGUGAACGCUAAUCAGCUACCCAGUCCUCACGGUCAUCCCACCCAUCCUCACAACAGGCAGUCGCCUCACGCCCCUCACCCUCAUCAGACCUCUCACCCCUCGCCUCCCGAACCCAGGUACGCGAGCAGGCUUGAGCCUGGGAUACCGUACGGGACUCCGAAGUCAACCUAUCCGUAUCCUCACCAGCCAUCCUCGUCGCCUACGUCGCAUUACGCGGCGUCGCCUGGGUCCAAGCCGAAGGUCAGCAGUCCGGCACCUCAGCAUAUAUACGGGAAACCGAACUCCGGCAUCAUGACCGGUACGCCGGUCUGCAGGGCAUCGGAAAACACGGCUCCAAGCCCGAUGCCGCUCACAUCGAAGACCAACAGCUCACCGCUCGCUUAUCAGCAAGUGCCUCAUCACCACGGGGCUCCACCGGCACCGUUACCACCCCCGGCUCAUAGCAGCAGGUCAGUUUAUGACAGCCGGGGUUACGUCAGCUCUAUACCCGCCUCUAAACUAUCUCCGCCGCCCCUCCAUCACGGAUCGCCGACGACUGCCGCCUCCGCGCCUAUGACCAGGCCUAACUCCGUUCACCCGGGACAUCGGACCAGUCCUCAUCCCAAUCAGCAAAUACACCCGCAGGCAUUGGCGCCAGCGAUACAGACUCAACCCCUCGAUCUCGGUGUCGAAAGAUCCGGAUCGCCAAAGAGGAAAGCACCCACGCCUAUCGAGGUGUGCGGCGGCCAACCGGUCUCUCUCGAGCUGGCGUAUAAGAAGAGAAGGACGCAGGACAGUAUCAUCUCUCAACCUAUGUCCCUACAGUGCGUUGGACCCCCGGUAUUGUCAAGGGUCAGCGAACCCAGUCCCCUCAUCGCUUCGGCCGCUACUUCAAUCACCACUGUCGUUAAUACCGCGCUACUACCGCAACCAUCCGGCCAAAUACCCAAUGUUCAGGAACGCGGAGUCGUUUCCGUCAGCCCUCUACCCAGGACGGCAAGCGGCGACGGAUCCGUCAGACCCGCGAGCACGGGUAGCGUAAGCUCUCUCAACAACCCGGGCGUAAGUGCCGCACCGAGUCCUGCACCGACACAGAGUCCUGCACCCUCGGCUGCUCCUAGUCCCGCACCCAGCGCACCUGGGACACCGGCAAAGGCCAUGCCCAGCGCUGCGGACAGCGAAAAGUCGAACAGUCCCGCCCCGAGGCCGCCUAGUAGCACUAGGAAUCCCGUCCACAAGCUGAAGAAGGCUUGGCUCCAGAGGCAUUCGGGCGAGGAUGGGACUGAGGAUACAACUGGACUCGUUGGUAGCGGGUCUUGCGUUACGCUUCCCUUGACUAUUGCUCAGGCACCUUCGCAACCUUUGGCCAAGGAGCGAGAUGGAGGAGGAGGAGGAGGAGGAGCAGGAGCAGGAGCAGGAACAGCAGCAGGAGUUGGUGGUGGAAGUGGAGGUAGUGGUACUGGAGCAGGAGCAGGAGGAACUGGAAGCGGAGGAGGUGCAGGAUCUGGCGCUACGACGACAAGUUUGCCGAGCGCUGUUAAUUCGAUACAUAAUAUAGGCAGCAUGGCUGUUAAUAGUAUAAAUAAAAGUAAAGUAACUGGAAAAACUGGUGGGAGAAAAGCAAACAGCAAGGAAUCACUCAAUGGACAUGCUGCUGCUGUGGACGUUAAAAGUAUACGGGAAGAUUCGUCCAGCAGCGAUCCGGAGAGGAAGUCUCCCCCUAAAAGGAAACCACCCAAGGUAAAACGAAAGAAGGGAGCCGCACGGAGGCAGCAGGCAGUCACGGAAGAGCACAGGAGGAGGAAAGAAGAUAAGAGUGGAGGUGCCGGUGCGGGAAGUGAGUCCAGCAACGAAAGCGAAGCUGGCUCUGCCAGUGACGCUAGCGAACAGUUAAGUUCUAGCCAGCCAACUUCUAGGGCUAGACAAGCCACCGGUAACUCCAAUUCAUCUGGAAAUGGUAACAAUGUUAAUAAGGAGCCAAGGAAACGUGGUAGAAGACCAAAGACGUCAACCAAAGGCAGCGAAUUAGGUGGCGAAGAUCCGCAACCAAGACCUAAGAAAGAACGAAGAGAAGAAAGUGCAAGUGGAGGAGGGAGUGGACCAGGAGGUGGUGGUCGAAGUGAUCCAUUUCGAAAGCCGCCGAUAGCGCAAUUGAAAAAAACUGGGGAAAGUUGGCUGCAGGAUGGAGCAUGCUUUGAGGUUGCUCCGAAGCUGGCUAAGUGUCGUGAAUGCAGAUGGACGCCCCAUCAACGUUCAAAAAACGUAACGCAGAAUAUAUUCUGUAGGUUUUAUGCAUUUCGCCGACUGAGGUACACGAAAAACGGGCAGCUGGCUAUAGCGGGGUUCAGCGAUCCGCACAAGGAUGCCUCCGAGGAAGACCUGCGACUCUGGUUACCUGUUAAGGACAGUCAGGAAGCGGCAGGUUUGAAAGAUGAGAAACUGGAUAAGAAUGACAAGGAUAAAUCGGAAAGGUCGGACCGAGGGGACAGAGAAGAUCUGGAUUUAGAGAUGGCUCAUCGAUUACUACGUCAGGUCGGAGAUCAGUUUUGCGAUCUACUUCAUCAGGAAAAGGAUGCUCUUCAGGAACACGUGGCUGAAGCGAGUUCGGGGAUUACAGACGGAACAGUAGCUUGGAAACGUGUCGUCCAAGGUGUACGGGAGAUGUGCGACGUCUGUGAAACUACCCUAUUCAACUUUCACUGGGCAUGCGCCAAGUGCGGCUUCGUCGUAUGCAUCGACUGCUACAAGGGACGCAAGAAUGGAACGAUAAAAAUCUGGGGUGAGAGCGGAAAGGACAGGGACGACUUCUCGUGGCUUCUAUGUACAAACAGGCAGGUGCACGAACCAGAAAGAUUGAUGCUAACGCAGAUAAUAGCCGGUGAUAGUUUGUCGCGUCUUGGAUCGCGGCUUCACGAGAGCCGUUGCGAGUGGGGGAUACCUCAGCAUUGCUCGUGCAGUUUGGCGACAUCGUCGCCGGUUAAUGAGACACUAAGAAAUCUGAUAAAAGGUGAAUCGAUGGGCGUUUUAAACGGUAGCAUAAAACAGGAGUCGAAGGUAGAUAGGAAAGAAAACGAGUCUAACGGAGCUACGGACAAAAAGACAAACGGUGAGGAUAAAAACUCGUCACUCAGUUGGCUGGCGAAUGUUGCUCUCCAUAAUCAGGAAAAAAACGACUCCGGGUCCAGUUCGGACUCGGAUGAGGAUAGGGACGGAAACUACUCGACGUUGAGAGAACUACUUAUCAGGCCGUCGCAUAAACCAAACGGCAGCGGUUCCCGGUCGAAUUCGCCGACCAACAACUCCGGGAAUUCCAACGUGACAAACAGCACAACGCAAAACAAUGUCGUCGCCAAGACCGGAAAAAAGUCGAAGAUGGACACCCUGGACGAGGUCAUAUCUAGCGUUAUAGAGCACAGCGCUAAAAAGGAAAGAGACAGCGGACUCGUCGACGAAAAAGCUUCCCGUGAACUUAAGCACUUUGUUCGUAGGUAUAAAUGGACACAGAGGGGAAGAGAACCUUUGCCAAUUAGAAUAAUGACUCUUACCGAAAGCAAGAGCCUUUACCCCGAUGUACCUCAUUCUUGGCUGUGCGACGGCAAGCUGUUGAGACUAAACGAGCCAAAUAACCCUAACAAUUAUCAGAUAUUCCAAGAUCAGUGGAAACGGGGACAGCCAGUUAUCGUUUCUGAGGUCUCGAAGUCGCUGGAUAUGAAUCUUUGGCACCCUGACUCGUUUGCGCGUGACUUUGGGGAUGUGAAAAAUGACCUCGUCAAUUGUAUGACUGGUAACUUGGUGCCUAAUCAACCGAUGCGCAAGUUUUGGGAAGGUUUCGAACACUUCUCUAAGAGGUUAAAAGACGAUAGUGGAAACGCGAUGCUUUUGAAACUGAAGGACUGGCCUCCGGGGGAAGAUUUUGCCGAAUUACUACCAUCCAGGUUCACCGAUUUAAUGAAAGUAUUGCCACUCUCAGAGUACACGCAUCGAAACGGGAGAUUGAAUUUAGCGAGUCGAUUACCUGACUGUUUUGUCAGGCCAGACUUGGGACCUAAAAUGUACAACGCUUAUGGAUCCGCGUUGUAUCCUAACAAGGGAACUACUAACCUUCACCUCGACAUAUCUGACGCCGUCAAUGUCAUGGUCUAUGUUGGUAUUCCCAAGGACGGUGAUAGCGACGAACACAUUAAAGAGGCUCUCAGGGCAAUCGACGAGGCCGGCUGUGAUAUAUUGACACGUCGAAGGGUUAGAGAUCGCGGCGAGGCACCCGGAGCUCUUUGGCACAUCUACGCGGCUAGAGAUGCGGACAAAAUUCGUGACCUUUUAAACGCGGUCGCAGUUGAACGAGGUGUGCGUCUCGAACCGCACCACGAUCCGAUUCACGAUCAAAGUUGUUAUCUCGACGGUCCUUUGCGAGAACGACUGUACCGUGAAUACGGGGUUGAAGGGUACGCCAUAGUGCAGUGCCUCGGUGAUGCCGUCUUUGUGCCCGCUGGUGCACCUCACCAGGUUCGAAAUCUUCACAAUUGCAUUAAGGUCGCCGAGGAUUUUGUCUCGCCUGAAAAUGUGUCCCACUGUUUUCACUUGACCCAGGAGUUCCGUGCUUUAUCCGACACGCAUACGAACCACGAGGACAAGCUGCAAAUAAAAAACAUUAUUUACCACGCGGUUAAAGACUCUCUAACUGUACUUGAGAAUGUGAAAGAGGAAGUUGUCGUGAAGAUUAAACCGAAGAAUGAAAUUAAGAUGAAGGAGGAGACGUAGCGGUAAAAGUCGAGCCGCCAUGAUCUGAGGGAUUGCUUGAUUUACGACUAAAUCUCGCUAAUGAUUCGAAAGCGGGUGCGAGGCCCUCUUUUACUUUUACUUCGAUUCUUGGCGGCUUCUGAGUCGUUGGUGAUAAGUAAAAUAGCUAAUAACAAACAAAUCGAUGGGGAAAGAACGGGAGGGUGUGUGCGAUACCUUGGUCCGAAGGUUGGGAGGGAAAGAGGAAGUGAGGGCGACGUUUUAUCUCAGGUGUUUGGUUAAUAACGUCGCGGAAGUUUGUUGUGAUAUUUGAUGAGUAGCUCGAAACGUUUCAUUUUUUGAAUUGGCUGAGCCAAUUUUCUGGUUGGUUGUUCGUUGUAUAAUUUCAGUUUGAAUACAAAUCACUAUCCUAUAUUAAUGAUAAUGAUGAUAAUAAUGAUAAAACAGUACAUACUUUGUGGUCGGAUAUGAAGUCCGUGAGAUUUAUUUACUUCGAUUGUUCGUUUUCUUUUGUAAUAUUGUUCUUCGUUUAAACGUGGAUCGUGACUGCUCGACUGCGCGUAUCCGUGACCGAAUUGAAAAAAUAUAAAAAAUAAAAUAAAAAGAGAAGAAAAAAUUUGCGAAUUUGUGAUACCAGAGGAACUUCGGAUCAUAAUUGUUUGUAAUUAAUUAUCGUGCCUGUAUCCAAUACACACUUGUCUAUACUAUAUAAAUGUAGAUAAAAUUACUAUGUAACAAAUUCCUAAGAAAAAGAAAAAAAAAAAUUUGAAAAAACAGUUUACACGUAUACAAACACUCUUAUACAUAUAGAUUAAAUUUAGUGAAUGUAAAAACAUAUAUCGGUAAGGAAGAGAAUGAAAGAAGAGGGGAAAAAAUGUGUGCAAUUAGACGUUGUAAUUAUUGGCCAAAAAUACCUUUGUGUUAUCGAUUUGUCGCUUGCAGUCAAUGAAUUGAACUGUUUUACAUAAAUAACAAAUCGAUUGUACCGAUUUUACUAAUUAGAUUAAACCGACCGUCUUGAACCAUUUUGUGGAUUAAAAGCUUAUUUUUUCGUCGUCGUAUGGAAGGGAACACUGUGUAAAAGUGGUAAGAAUCAAUUAUUUUUGUCAAAUCAACAUAUGAAAAUCGUCUGUUCUGGAAAUAAAAAUGACUUUAUUUUAUCAAUUACAGCCAUAUUAUAUUCCAUCAAAUGAUCCGACGAUGGUAAAAAAUAUUUAGUUGAAGAAACGACAGUAAUGUCUAGUCGUGUAUUGUAGUCAUUUUCAAAGUGCCAAUGUUGUUCGAUGUUUGUGGGAUUGGUAUGUUUGAAUGCUCAACUGAUUUGACAUGCGAGUUAUCUUCCUCAUUCUCAAACAGCAUUGUGGCAAACAGCAGGUCGAGUUUCUAAAUAAACAUUGAACCGAAUAAUCCGCAAUUUGACGAUUAUUCGUGCUCUUAUAAACUUUAAUUUGUUGUAGUUUUUCUUUUUCGCGAGUUGACUCUGCCUUAGCUGGACAUUAUUUCGUGGCAUAAACAAUUAUAUUCAAAUAAGAACAGACGUAUGGAUGGAUGGUUUUUAUUUCUGUUAGUUUUAUGAGAUUUCAAUUUGCAUUUAGCUUGAAGUGAUCCGGUUGAUUUUACAUUUGGCUAAUUAAAACAUGUUCUUUUUGCACAUCAUCUUUGGCGUGAAUUAGCGUGAUAGAAUUUACGUGGAAGUAUGAAGAGCAGAUGACGAAGGAAGAUAGUAAGACGGAAGUGGAACGGGUAAAAAGAAAUAAUAAAACAACAACGGUAAUGGCAAAGCGCAUAAGAAAAAUUCUGGAAUUUGCAAUUUCUUUGAUCUCAAUAUUCGUCUAGCAUACAACGACUUGAGUAAUUAAUAUUUAAAUACGAUUAACGUUAAUUGAUUAAAGAUAAUUAAAAAAGAAUAUCUUAGUGUUAAUAAUAUAUGCAUUAAUUAUUAAAGCAAUUUAUGCAUACAAACAUACAAAACUGAAAAAAAGUAAAAACAAACAAAAUCGUAACAAUAAAUAAAAAUAAAUAACCUAACGUAAAUUAAAACGAUGAAAGAAAAACAUCUCUGAAAUACCUAUUUCCUACGAUGGGCGCUGUAUAAAGUUCUAGAAACGUACUCUGUGUAUUAUUACUAUUGAAUACAAAAAAACCGUUCUUCUCUAUAUUAUAUAUACAUGUAUAUACAUAUAUAAAUAACAGUAAUAACGUACGCUUUCGCGUAUACACCCAUGCAUACAUGUGCAUCUAUAUACAUGUGUGUGUAUAUACAUCUACGCAUUCUGCGUUGCGCGCGGUAUACACGGUGGUAUACACGCACAUUUAAUUGAAAAAGAAAUUAUAAUAAUAAAAAUAAUGAUAAUAAUAAUAACAACAAUAUUAAUAAUAAUAAUUUUAAUAACGAACAAACAAUACUUAUAUAAUUCGUUACGUAUAUAUGUGUAUAUAUAUUAUAUGUAGGUACAUAAUAAUAUCGAACACACUUGAUUGCAUCAACACUAGAUUCGUAGUCAGGUAGUAUAUACAUUAUUAUUGUUAUAAUAUCCUCACCAUCAUCAUCAUCAUCAUCAUCAUUAUUAUCAUUAUUAUAAUUAAACAUUACUAUAAUUAAUUAUUGGUUAUUAAUAAUAAUUACUUUAUUUUUAUUAUUAUUAUUAUUAUUAUUAUUGCUAUUAUUAUUAUAAGAAGAAAUAUGAUAUUUAAAUGUUGCUGAGUAUAAAUGACUAAAGCGAAAAACGACAAAAAAACAAACGCAAGUGAAACAAAAAAAAGGGAAUUUUAAAAUUUUUAAACCGAACAGAGCGAUAGAAAUAUUUAGAGUGCAAAAGAGAUUCCGUAUGAAUAGAACGGGAAAUAUUGGAAGAAAGAAAUCGGCAAAAAAAAAAAAAAAAAGAAAUUAAAAUAACUGGCGAAUGAAUGAGAGAAUGAAAGAGAAGAGCCGUGUGCUGGGGGCGGAAUGGAAUGGUCGCUAAUGUACAGCCCUUAAAGUCCUCAACCUCCCUAUAUACACCCUCGAUGUUCCCUCACCCUCCCCGCCACCGGCCGCCCUCAGUCAUAGCAGUUAUGAAACCGCGAGACAGCGGUUUCGAGUAUAAUUUUUUGUACUGUGUAAAUGUAAGAAACCAUACGUUUGAAUAAGAAAAAUGUUUAUAUUA